CAUGGGACAAGUGAGGGAAAAAGAGGAAGACAUCCACGUAGCCUUUCUCGCGUCGUAACAGUCCGGCCGUGUAAUGUCCUCAAUGUCUACGUUUAUUUGAAGAAACACUGCUUUCAGUUAAGCGGAUAACGGUGUUCAUAGUGGCGGGGUACCGCGGGAUAACCCACAUUGGUCCAGUUUGCUGAACGGGAGAGGACUAAAAAUGGAGCUGGAAGACGGAGUUGUGUACCAGGACGACCCGGGCACAUCAGCGAUGAUGUCUGAGCGGGUAUCGGGCCUGGCCAACUCCAUCUACCGCGAGUUCGAGAGGCUCAUCGGGAAAUACGACGAGGACGUGGUGAAGGAGCUGAUGCCGCUGGUCGUGGCCGUGCUGGAGAACCUGGACUCGGUGUUCGCGGAGAACCAGGAGCACGAAGUGGAGCUGGAGCUGCUGAAGGAGGACAACGAGCAGCUCAUCACCCAGUACGAGCGGGAGAAAGCGCUGAGGAAACACGCAGAGGAGAAGUUCAUUGAGUUUGAGGACACUCAUGAACAGGACAAGAAAGACCUGCAGAACCAUGUGGACAGAAUGGAGUCCCAUUCACGGCAACUGGAACUCAAGAUCAAGAACUACGCAGACCAGAUCGGCAGGUUAGAAGAACGUGAACUGGAACUCAAGAAAGAAUACAACUCCCUCCAUCAGCGACACACAGAGAUGAUCCAUAACUAUAUGGAGCAUGUAGAGAGGAUCAAAAUGCAGCAGAUUAGCGAGACUUCAGAGUCGAGCGCAGUCGGCCGAGUCAGGAGAGAGCGGCCUCUCUCUUUGGGGAUCUUCCCGUCGUCUGGUGGAGCGUCUCUGCUGAUCCCCGACCCCCAGGCCAGGGCAGAGACACCAGGCACAGAAGGCUGGAGGUUCACCGACCCAGCGCGGUCCAACACUAGCCUCAAGCAGUUGGACUUUGGCGACCCCCCAAAGGAAAGGGAGGGUAAGAGUGCGCAGGACUCUACUUGGGGGAAUUCACUGGCAGACGACUGCAAGGAUGAGCUGUCGGACUUCACCGGCUCCAAGUCGGCCACACCGAUGUCCACCACAGCCUCAGACAUGGAGCGGGAAGAUGGGAACAGUAAGAGCACGGAGGUGCAGGCUGCACCAGGGACCAGAUCUAUAUCAGUGGGUUUGCCUGAAAAUGAGGACAGCUCAGACGUGCAGGACAUCAUUGAGUCCACCCCUGAGCUGGACAUGGAUCUCAUUGGAUACAAACCCUGCAGCACUCCCACUAAAGGCAUUGAGAACAUGGCAUUUGACCGAAACACAGACUCCCUAUUUGAGGAGCUGUCGUCUGCAGGCACUGGGCUCAUAGGGGAUGUGGAUGAAGGCGCCGACCUGCUGGACCUUAGUUUGAUUGGAAUGGGCCGGGAAGUUGAAAAUCUCAUUCAGGAGAAUUCACAACUGCUUGAGACAAAGAAUGCUCUGAACGUGGUGAAUAAAGACUUGAUAUUGAAAGUGGACGAGCUGACCUGUGAGAAGGAGAUGUUGCAGGGAGAGAUGGAGGCUGUGCUGCAGGCUAAGAGCAAGCUGGAGGACAAGAACAGAGAGAUGGAGGAGGAACUCAAGAAAGUGCGACUGGAGAUGGAGGAAGUGAAACAGAAAACUAAAGAGGAAGAAGAUAGUGAUGUACCGACAGCGCAGAGGAAACGCUUCACCAGAGUGGAAAUGGCCAGAGUGCUGAUGGAGAGGAACCAGUACAAAGAGCGACUGAUGGAGCUACAGGAAGCGGUGCGGUGGACAGAGAUGAUCAGGGCCUCCAGAGAAAAUCCAACCCUCACAGAAAAAAAGAAAUCCAGCAUCUGGCAGUUCUUCAGCAGGCUGUUUAGCUCCUCCUCCAGUGCCCCGGCUAUAAAGAAGGUGGAGUCCCAGGCCAACAUGAAGUACAAUGCUCCCGGCGGCAUGGUAAAGAGGAGUAGCACCUUCUCCCAGUUCCCCACAGAGAAGUCCAAGACGUUCGACUUCCUCAAUGAAGAGAAGGACCAGUGCAGUUCGCCAUCGCGUAAAGAGCAGAAGAGAGCCCAGUACAGACAAGUCAAGGCUCACAUGCAGAAGGAGGAUGGGCGAGUCACUGCACACGGCUGGAGCCUGCCCAGCAAAUACAAGGUGGCAAAUGGUGGACAGGUGGAGAACAAAAUGAACUUACCCGUGCCCGUGUACUUGAGACCUCUGGAUCAGAAAGAUGCUUCUAUGAAGCUGUGGUGUGCUGCAGGGGUCAACCUGUCUGGGGGGAGGACAUUACCAGAGCUCAUGAAGCAGACAAAAGGUUCCCAGAGUAGCCUGGACCAGUUGGAGCACGAGAGUAAGGAGCAGGAGAAAGGGGAGCAGGAGAAGGAGCUGGUCAUUCAGGACGAGACAUCCAGCAGGGUGUGGGUGUGCACCAGCACCCACUCCUCCACCAAGGUCAUGGUGCUGGAUGCCAGUCAGCCCUCUGACCUACUUGACAGCUUCUACGCCUGCAACACCCACGUCGUCUGCAUUGCCAGCGUGCCAGGAGUUUUGGAGACUGAUUUUCCAGCAGGCGAGGAGGUACCCCAGGACCCAGAGGCUAGCCAAGGUGAUGGGGUGUCACUGGCCGGCAGUGUGGCCAGUGUGGGCUCAACAGGCAGCGAUGGUGCCAUGGCAGCAGAGGGGACCACUGCCAUCCCCCAGACGGCCAGCGCAGGUGUCUCAGACCAGCCGGCUGAGCACAGCGGCAUCUCCAGCUCAGUUGAGCUGUCCAGAGAGACCAGUCCAGCAGAAGACGGCGUUCCCACGGCCGAAGAGGCAACGGAAGCAACGGAGGCUAACGCUGGCAUGGGCGAAGAAGGAGAGGAGGAACAGGGAGCUGAUCAGAACCAGCCAGGAAUCUACACGGAGCAUGUGUUCACCGACCCACUGGGUGUGGGACCCACUGACUCCCCUUCUGCUGACACAGAGAGGGGCUGCGGGCAGGAUGGUGAGCCGUUGUUCCCAGAGGACUCGGACAGGUCAGAAGGAGAAAUCCUGAGAAUGAGCAGCGCACUGCCCACCAUGUGGCUGGGAGCUCAGAAUGGAUGUCUGUAUGUGCACUCGUCUGUGGCUCGAUGGAGGAAGUGUCUCCACGCCAUCAAACUGAAAGACUCCAUCCUCAGCAUAGUGCACGUUAAAGGAAGAGUCCUGGUAGCUUUGGCUGAUGGGACAUUAGCGAUUUUCCACAGAGGCAUUGCAGACGGUCAGUGGGAUUUAACCAACUAUCACCUGUUGGAUCUGGGCCGGCCUCACCACUCUAUCCGCUGUAUGACAGUAGUCCAUGACAAGGUGUGGUGCGGCUACAGGAACAAGAUCUACGUCAUCCAGCCUAAGGCCAUGAGGAUAGAGAAGUCGUUUGACGCUCAUCCUCGCAAGGAGAGUCAGGUGCGGCAGCUGGCCUGGGUUGGAGACGGCAUCUGGGUGUCCAUCCGACUGGAUUCAACUCUACGCUUGUUUCACGCACACACCUACCAGCACCUCCAGGACGUGGACAUCGAGCCCUACGUCAGCAAGAUGUUGGGUACGGGUAAACUGGGCUUCUCGUUUGUGAGAAUCACAGCUCUGAUGGUGUCCUGCGGCCGACUCUGGGUGGGGACAGGAAACGGCGUCAUCAUCUCCAUCCCGCUGUCUGAAGCCAACAAGACAACGGGAAUAGUGCCAAAUCGGCCCGGCAGUGCUGUACGGGUUUAUGGUGAUGACAGUUCAGACUGUGGUGUGCAGGGCAGCUUUGUGCCAUACUGCUCCAUGGCCCACGCCCAGCUGUGCUUCCAUGGACAUCGAGAUGCUGUCAAGUUUUUUGUCACUGUGCCAGGUCAGGCGAUGCCCCCUCCAGGCAGUGCAGAUUCAGGCUCUGAUGACCCUCCAUCUGAAUCCUCUGACACAGCAACCUCUGAGCCCAAAACAUACCUGGUCAUGAGUGGAGGAGAAGGCUACAUUGACUUCAGAAUGGGUGAUGAAGGCGGUGAGUUGGACGGUUUAUCAGAGCCAACAGGCAGCCAGCAGUCGCCACCUACCAAGGCUGAGCGGAGCCAUCUCAUUGUCUGGCAGGUCACAACAUCUAAUGAUUGAAAAGAAAAAAAGAAAUCACAGACUGUUAUGUCAACGCCAGGACCGCCCACCAAACCCCUGCAUGUCCUCCUCGAAGUUUUUAAUUUGAUAUUAUUGAUUGUUCUUAAUGCCUGAGUAGUUGACUACUUUGUAAAAAAACAAUUAUUUUUAGUCCAUGUUUUGUACAGUUUAUUCUUUAUGAAUUUGAAUUAGGUAAGGUGAGUUUUAUGUUAACUUAAAGAAUACGUCCAAGGUCCAGGUGUUGGAAAAGCCGGUGCACACUGAAGAAAAGGCCAAGUUAGGUUGAUCAGGUAAUGUAUGAAAGCUGAUGGUCUCCCAAAUGUGUAAAAGGGUUUAGAUGUGAAAGUCAAAAGGGAAAAGCGCUUGAAGCAGUUUUGCAGUCAUUAAAAAAGGAGCGGAAAGUUGAACUGAAGUAUAUUUUAUAUUAUACACAUAAGACUUUUACAUUUGUAAACCACGUCUAUAUGUGUGUGAGUGUCAGCUGUGUGUAUGCAUCACUGAGCAUUUUUAUUAUCUCUACCAGUAGAGCUGGGUGUCAGUAUGUUCCCUACAAGUCAAACUGUAAACAACAUUUCAAAAGGUUCAAUUCUCUGAAUGUGUUGUCUGAGACUGAUUAUUCUACUGUAUAGUCAGAUUAUUAGAAAAGCAACUUGCACGUACCAGUGGUAAAUUAAAUGUGCUUUUAUUCAGCGAAAGUGGUAGAAUAAAACACUGAGAGGGUGUAUUAGUACUGAAUGACACCGAGCCCUAUUUGCCACAGGUUUAUGUUUAGUGUCAUGAAUAAUGUCUAAGCAGUUUGGGUACUGAUACUAAGUAGAAGAACCAGCUUACUGUACUGUAGGUUAGUAUUAGCCUGCAUGGGGGAAAUCCUGUGUCCUCGUCCGAGUGUGUGUGCCUGCUCGGACGUCUUAAAGCUAAACCCUCAUCCGUCGUGUGAGGAGACUCUGCCUGUGCCACCAGCUUGGUGCUUCCCGUUUGCUUCAGCUCAUUGGCACUUUAAAAUGUUAGUCGCUUGAGGUUUAGAGGAACACCCAUGGUAUGUACUGAAGGGAACAAAAUGUACAAAUAUUUGUAGCAAGGUGUCACCCCAAUAACCAAAGGACGAAAGAAGAAGCACCGUGAAACUGACGAUUUCAUUAUUUUUUUCCUUUUCCAAUUUUAAAUGUCUCGUGAGUCUAAUAAUUUGAGGGCAUACAUGUGUAUUUUCAGGGCGUCGUCUUGUUGGGAAAUAAGCUUGAAUAAGGGAAUCUGACUAAAAAUAACAUUUUUGUGUGGCACCUUCUAAUGGACAUGCACACAGCACUAAAGGGAGUCUCUCCUGAUUGCUUCAUCAUUCCUAGUUUUGUUGUUACAAAAACAUUUUCAGGCCUGGAAGGCAAUUAUUGUCAUUGUUUUUCGGUUAUUUUGGGCUCUGUUUGUGUUUUGUAUUCAUGUGUGAGAUGCUUUUAUUAAGUAUUUUGAUGAUGACUGUAACACGAUAGCAGGAUACCAAUAUUAAGCAGGUGUUUUAAUUUGUUUUUAUAUCUGAAAGGUUGGGCCAAGAUGGGUCUUCAGUCCAUUUCAAUUUUUUUUUUUUUUUUUGCCAUUCCAGUAUUUAUUUCCUUUAUCGAGCCUAUCUUGGUUCAGAAUGUAACUUUCUACAUGAGCAAAAUAUAACGGGAGGCUAUUGUGAACAAAAUAGUCCAAUGAGUUUACGUGAUUGUUAAUAAUGGUCAAAUAAAAAGACAUUAAUGUAAUCAUGUUGGAAAUUUUUGACAAACCAUGAGAUCAAAGCGUGCAAACAAUAACUUGGUGGUUUUUCGAACAACACAUUCAUGUACUAAGCUAUGCAUGUUUUUUUUAAAGAGGACACUGCUAUGUUUUCAGCUAAAUCUCCGUUUACUGCCACCGUUUUGGGUGGGGUGGAUGUCUAUAUGUGUGUAUGUGUUUGUGUGUACAGUACAUGUAAGGGUUUGAACGCAAGACACAUUUGUCAGUGUGUGUUUGAUUUUGCAAAUGUGUGGUGUAUGUGUGCUCACUGUAUGUCCAUCUGUAAUACCCAGAGACUGGUCACAUUUACCUGUUGCACCAGGCUCCUCUGGAUGCCAUAACGGUGGUUCCUCCUGGUCAAUGUUUGCUAAAACAGCAUCAUAGCCUUAUUUUUAACAAUCUAUUAAACUCAGUUUCAUGGAA